CUGUCUCUGUCUCUCACGGGACCGUACGGAAGCUCGCCUUCCGAUGGGACUCUACCGUCGGAUCCUAUCCAAGGAGCCCCACAGGCACGACGACGACGAGGGCAGCGCCAGCACCGUCCGUCAUCCCGCUACUCUUCCUCCUUGUUGUCCUCCGACACCUCCUCCCUCCCCUCUACCUCCUCUCUGCACCGAUGACCAACACGACCGUCGGCUCGCCAACCUCCUAAUGAUCGGCGCCGCUGUUAUUGCCGCUGUUCUCCUCCUCUCUAUCACCUACUACGCCGUCCUCCGCCGUCGCCGCUGCCGCUUCCCCCUCCGCGUCGCCGCCACGGGCCCGGCGUCCAUAGGUGACGACGACGAUGACGGUUUUGUUGGAGACGGGGAGCCGUUCCACCAUGUCUGGUACAUUCGGACGGUGGGCCUCGACGAGUCCACCAUCGGUUCCAUCGCGGUGGAGGAAUACCGGGCCAGUGAUGGCAUCCUCGACGGCGUCUCCGACUGCUCCGUGUGCCUCAACGAGUUCCACGACGGUGAGCGCGUCCGCUUGCUCCCCAGGUGUGGCCACGCGUUCCACGUCUCCUGCAUCGACACCUGGCUCCGUGCCCACGUUAAUUGCCCCCUUUGUCGGGUUCGCAUCGUCGACCCCAACGGUGAACCCUCGCCCCCCGCAGCCGCCGUCGCCCUCGCAGUUUCUAUCACUGCCUCCGGUGGUUCGGUGGACUUGGACUCCACCUUCCCUGCUGCUGAGGAGACUGCCCUUAUAAGGAUCCAACCUCUGGAGGAGCAGCAAAACGGAGGAGGAACGGAGAGCACUGUUGCAAUUAGGAUUCCGAUCAACCAUACGGAAGCGUUCGAUCUGCCACCUGAAAGUUCCGGAUCGCGAGGGCAAAGCGAUGUUGGGGGGUUCGGAUUGCGGCCGGUUCGGCGAUCCUUUUCAAUGGACACUCCAUUGAUGAAUUCUAUCAUCGGCAGAGUCAAACCUGAAGAGAGCAUCAUUGAUGAGGAAGGGAAAGACGCGACCUUUGAGGAAGACAGUUCUCCAAAGAACAGGGUGAAGCACUGGAAUUCCUCCAAAGGGGCUAUGGAUAAGGGACAUUCCGACAUAGAAAGAUCGCUAUCUAGCAGCGGAAGAGGGUUCCUCUUCUCAAAAUAUGGGCAGAUUGCCAGAAUCCAUAGCAUGCCUAUGUAGCAUUUGAUCUGUUGUGGGUUGAGUUGGUAGCAUCUGCGGAUCUUUUAAUACCAUGAGUGGUGUCAGGCAAUUCUGGAGCUGCUGAUUUCUGUUUGUAUGAUCAAUGGAUCAUGAGGGAGCUCAAAAGUGAACUUCCUCACCUGAGGACUCAGAUUUGCAGUAAUGGAAAUAAGUCCAUCUUUGUUUUUGAAUCA